AUGGCAGAAUCACCAGAAAGUCAGAUCUCGGAUCCUAUAUUUGACAGGUUCGAAGAAGGGUCGGAUGUCCUUUCGAGUAGAGACACAAUUGCAACGCCAGAUUCUGAAAUCUCCCCUCCCGAAAGUCCUUUGGAAAAGCACGCUAUCCUUGAUCUUCGAACAAAAUCUCGUCUGUUGGCUGCGUCCUUGUCGCUCGAAGAGCAGGUCUCUCUACUAGUGGCUGCAGAUUUCUGGAGAUCAAAAUCAAUUCCCUCCAAAGGCAUACCAGCAUUCAAGACAUCCGAUGGUCCAAAUGGUGCUCGUGGAGCCAUUUUCAAGGCUGGAACAAAGGCCGCAUUGUUUCCAUGCGGUAUAUCACUAGCGGCAACAUGGAACACCGAUCUUAUUCAUGAAGUCGGACAACACCUCGCAGAUGAAACGAAAGCUCGAUCGGCUCAGGUUUUACUGGCACCGACAGUUUGUUUACAUCGCGGUCCAUUAGGUGGAAGAAAUUUUGAAUCUUUCUCGGAAGAUCCUUACCUGACGGGAAAACUCGCUAUCGCUUACAUCAAGGGGUUGCAGGAGAAGGGUAUUGCAGCAACAAUAAAACAUUUCGUUGCCAAUGAACAAGAGACAUUCAGAUUAACCAUUGAUUCUGUUGUACAAGAAAGGCCUCUGCGAGAAUUGUAUCUACGACCUUUCGAGAUGGCCAUUCGGGAAGCUAAUCCUUGGGCUGUCAUGUCCUCCUAUAAUUUAAUCAAUGGCGUUCAUGCAGAUUGUAAUUUCCACACGCUGAAGGAAAUAUUAAGGGAAGAGUGGAACUACGAUGGUUUGGUCAUGUCCGAUUGGGGUGGAACGAACUCAAUCGCUGAAUCCAUCGAAGCAGGUUGCGACAUAGAAAUGCCAGUCUCAACAAAAUGGCGUGGGGAAAAGGCGAUCGAAGCAAUCAAAAAUGGUGAACUAAGCCGAGAAGCCGUUGAGAAAGCCGCCGCAAACGUACUGUAUCUUGUUGAACGGACAAAAGGAUCAGACAUGACACCCGAAGCUCCUGAAGCUGAGGACAAUAGAGAAGAAACCAGAAGUUUGAUUCGUCAGGCUGGGGUAGAAGGAUUAACCCUACUGAAAAACGAGAAUAAUAUCCUACCAAUCAAAUCCUCUCAAACGAAAGUUGCAGUCAUAGGACCAAAUGCCAAUCGCGCGAUUGCAGGAGGUGGAGGUAGUGCUAGUUUGAAUCCUUACUACAAUACUAUACCCCUUGAUAGCAUCAAAGCAAUUCCUGGAAUAGAUGUCACUUACGCCUUAGGGUGUCACACCUACAAAUGGCUUCCUCUAGCAGCAGACUACUGUACCACUUCCACUGGCGCCCAAGGCGUAACUCUCGAAUUUCAUAUUGGCGAUAAAUUUGAAGGAACUCCUCGAAUAAUUCAACACCGCACCAACACAGAUCUUUUCCUUUGGGAUUCGGUUCCAGAAGAGGUAAAUCCCAUUUGGUCCGUUCGAGCAAAAACCAUCCUGACGCCUACCACCACCGGCUUACAUACCCUCUCCUUCUCAAGUGUUGGUCCUGGACGACUUCUUGUAAAUGGAGAUGUCAAAGUCGAUUUGUGGAAUUGGACGGAUUUGGGUGAAGCUAUGUUUUCAGGGUCAAAGGAUAUUCUCUUUGAUAUCUUUCUCGAAGCCAAUGUCCCAGUACAAUUGGUCGCUGAAACAACAAAUGAAAUUCGACCGCUGUCCAAACAAGCACAAGUCAAUCAAACCCAUGCAACAGGGGGCUGCCGCAUUGGUUACAAAGAAGCGGAUGCUGAGAAUUAUUUGCAAAAAGCUAUUGAUGCGUCAAAGUCUUCUGAUGUAGCCAUUGUAAUCGUAGGAUUGGAUGCAGAGUGGGAAAGUGAGGGUUAUGAUCGUCAAACUAUGGAUUUGCCCAGUGAUGGAAGUCAGGAUCGAUUAAUUGACGCAAUUGUGGAGGCGAACCCAAAUACAAUUGUGGUCAAUCAAUCCGGAAGCCCUGUGACGAUGCCUUGGGCAAAGAAGGUUCCAGCCAUUUUACAAGCGUGGUAUCAGGGACAAGAAGCUGGUAAUGCAUUGGCUGAUGUCCUUUUCGGAUUCGAAAAUCCCAGUGGAAAACUACCUACAACCUUCCCAGUCCGCCUUUCAGAUAACCCAACCUACCACACCUGGCCUGGCGAAAACCUCCGUUCUCUUUAUGGCGAAGGUCUCUACAUCGGUUAUCGACAUUAUGACCAUCUAUCUCUUCCCCCUCUUUUCCCCUUCGGUCACGGUCUCUCUUACACUACAUUUUCUUACUCCGCUCCUACGCUCUCCUCCCAAACACUCUCUUCCUCGAAUCAAGAUAAAAUCAUCCUAAGUCUCAACAUUAAAAACACGGGAUCGAGGAAAGGAAAGGAAAUAGUGCAACUGUAUAUCCAUGAUGUGAAGAGCAGCUUAGUUCGACCGGAAAAAGAACUGAAGGGGUUCGCGAAGGUAGAGCUUGAAGCUGGAGAAGAAAAAAUCGUCGAUAUUGUGAUUGAUAAAUACGCAGUAGGAUACUGGGAUGAAUCGUUGAGAAAUGGGAAAGGGCUGUGGAUUGCGGAGGAGGGCGAGUUUGAGGCUUGGGUUGGCGCUAGUGCGGAAGAUAUCAGACAAAAAACUUCAUUCGAAGUCAAGAAGUCUUUUACUUGGAUUUUUUAA